AUCGAACACGUAAACCGCUUUGUUUCAUCUUUCAACGGACUAAUAGAUGAGUUGAUCCCAAUGUCCAAGACACUCAGGAUCGACUUUAGUGUAUAUAUCUCUUCCAUUGUUUUUACGCUUUGUCGCUGGGAAUUCGCGGGUUGCAUAAAUGCGGUGGAAGUGCGUUAUGAGUGACUUUGUGUUUGUCCUUCGGAGGUUGAUAUCAAUUUCGUAUUCCAAUCGAAAAGGGAUAACUAUCUAACAGGAAAUGCCAAAGAAAAAAGUUAAAGAGAAAAAAGUUCUGGUCGAUCAGUCAGAUUCAUUGGAGUUGGCUAGUGUUGUUAGCCUUCCUAGUGACGGCAGUGAGACUCCAAAUGCCUCGUCGAUUGAUGUUGAAGAUGGAUUGGCCUUGGAAUCGCUUCUUGAUAAAGUUUGCUCAGCAAUCGAUCUAAUGGAAGAGAAGAGAACGGAGACUCGAAUUAACGCAAUACGUUCAUUAAUUGAGUUUUUUCGUUCACAUUAUUUCUGUUUGGAUGGCUCUUGGAACUACACUGAAACUCUGAUAACCAGCAUUGAAAAUAUUUUCAAAAAGAGUAAACCACAGGAUCAGGCACUAGCUGCAGAUUUACUGACCAUAUUCUCUCUACAAAUUGAUCCACAUGAAGUUCCCAUAUGGUUCGAAAGGUUCUUUCCUAUUUUAGAACCUGUCAUUCGUGAUUCCACCAAAAAUCCUAAAUUCAGAGCGUCUUCAGCUAUAGCUCUUUCAGUACUGCAGUCUUUGUCAGGCUAUUGUGACUUUAUCUCACCAUUAGAUGUUAUAAAAUCAUUUGAAUUUGUAUUCAAAAGCUCUACUUCGAAGAUUGAAGCUGAUAUUUUUGAUCUUUAUGUUGCAGCACUUAAAGCCUGGACAUUAAUAUACACUUUUCUAUCACCAUACGACUCUGGUAAUGUUGGAAAAGCCGUGCUUCCUGUUUUACUCUCUUUACUUCAAUGUUCAAAUGUGAAUGUUCGUAUAAUAGCAGGUGAAGCCUCAGCAGUCAUUUAUGAACGAAUUCGAAACGAAGUUGAUGAUAAAUUCAAAGGUCCUUAUUACAGCGAUCUUGUCCGUCUACUUGGUGAGUUGGCUAAAGAUAGCUCAAAAAACCGCUCUAAAAGUGAUCUCAAGAAACAACGUCAUUCCUUUCGGGAACUCGUGGAGGCCGUAGUGCACUGUGACUACCCUGAAACAUCGAUAAACUUUGGCGCUGAAGUUUUAACGUUAUCAUCUUGCGCUGGACACUUUUAUUAUAACUUCUUGUGCUCAGUGCUAGGAAGUGGAUUGAGGCAUCAUCUUCGUGAAAAUCCGUACAUUCGUAAUCUUUUUGAUCUUGGUUUACCGUCGUUACCACAGCGAAAUGGAGCCAACCAUCGGGUCCUCAAAGAACACAAACGAUUAACCAAUGUAAUGGCGUCAAAAAGUCGUACACAAAAACUUGGUAUGUACAGAGAUAAGCGGCGAGAAAUGCUUAGUGAACUGGAAUAAAAGGCUAAACAUUAUCACCCUAUGGGUUCUUUUUCUUGACGACUCUGUUUGUCUUCUAACCUUUUAUGAAGAUGCCUUAACAAUAACAUUAUUAUAUGCGACUGUUUACACAAAGCAGAAUUCUGUUUAUUAUCUUUUAUGUUAUGUCAAUACUAAUGAACAUGUAUUUCACUUGAAUAAUUUAUUCUAAAGAAAAUAAUUAUAGUUUGCUCGUCAAAAAAUAUCAUUGGUGGCUUACGUGUCAUGUUCAUGUUAAAACAGGUCUACAUAGGUUUGGUACACUAUCCAUUAUCAUAGCAUAAAGUUUGUUGUAAUAUAUUAAGUGAUGAAGA